UCCGAUAGCGUUUUGGCUCGAAUCGCCUCAGCAACAACUAGCAACUCUGAUUACGCCAUGUCCUCCCAACGCCCGAUCGAUGCCGCGGGGAAAGCCUCUGCCAUGAUGGAACUGCCCUUUGGUCACCCUCUGGCCCGGGAUGGCGCAGGUGUAGAUGGCCGAGUGCGAACCAGCGGUGAUCCCCCUGUGCCUCCAGAGCUGGCCCUGAAGUUCUUGAAGGAAGGCAACCAACGCUUUGUUGAUGGAAAGCCACAGUCAACCAAGGUGGAUUCCAUCAUGAGAAAGGAGUUGGACAGGGAAGGACAAGCGCCCCACACUGCCAUCAUUGGAUGUGCUGAUUCCCGAUGUCCCUUGGAGACACUCUUUGACACCUUGCCCGGGGACAUCUUUGUGCUGCGCAAUGCCGGCAACACCUGUACACACGCAGAAGGCAGCAUGGUUGGUAGCUUGGAAUUCUGUACUGGCAAGUUGGGAUCUCGCCUGAUCAUGGUCUUGGGCCACACCAAGUGCGGUGCUGUCUAUGGUGCCACAAAUGCCUACAUUGCGGCCAAGAGGCAAGAGGCCCCUGUCACUUCAGCACUUGAAGGCCUCUUGUUCGAUUUGGCUCCAGUUGCAGACAAGGCUUUGCAAGACAGCGUUGAGGCAGUUGCUGCCCAUGCUGUCCGCGUGAACGUCUUCCACACUGUCGAUUUUUUGCUGAAGCACAGUGCCCCUAUCCGUGAGAAGGUUCGCAGUGGGCAGGUUGAGAUCCAAGGUGGACUUUACCACUUGGACACUGGCAAAGUGGAGUUCAUGGGCCGGUCACCAAAGCAGGAAGAGAUCCUGAAAUCCAUCGACGCCUUGACACUUCCUCCAUCCAUGACUCGCGAGGGUGGCCGCACUUUGGGCUAUGGUCCUGCGGCACGAGGCACGUACGGAGUGCGUACCACAGCCGAUGCUCCAGUCUCUGCUGAGGAUGCCUUGAAGAUGUUGAAGGCCGGCAACGAGCGCUUUGCCGUGGGGGCUCCUUUGGCCAAGCAUGCUACUUUGAAGAUGCGUGAAGCUCUGGUCAGCCAUGGGCAGGCGCCACACACGGCCAUCCUCGGCUGUGCAGAUUCUCGAGUGCCAGUUGACACUGUCUUCGAUGCUAUGCCAGGCGACCUGUUCGUGUUGAGGAAUGCAGGCAACACCUGUACGCACGCAGAAGGCAGCAUGGUUGGCAGCUUGGAAUUCUGUGCCGGAAAGCUGGGCUCCAAGCUGAUCAUGGUGAUGGGGCACACGCAGUGCGGUGCCAUUGCAGGAGCCACCAAGACCUACUUGGCCAACAAGGAAGGCAAGGGCUCCAAGAGUGCAGGCAGCGCACUGGAGGGACUCUUGAUUGGUUUGUCAGAUGUGGCAGAGCAGGCCAACCAGGAGCUUGGCCCUGGCGUGGAAGAAAGCAAGCUCAUCAGCCACACAGUGCGGGUGAACGUCUUCCGUUCCAUUGAGUUCUUGUUGACCUACAGCGAGCCUCUCAGGGCGCUAGUGAAGAGUGGAAACUUGGAGAUCCAGGGCGGCAUCUACCACCUUGAAACUGGCCGUGUGGAGUUCUUGGGUCAUGCCCCAACUCAGGCCGAGGUGCCGGCGUCGGACUUCACGUUGCCACCUUCGGUCAAGGGACUGCCGGUGCGCACCACCACCGAUGGUCCCAUGCCGUCCGUAGAAGCCCUGCAGAUCUUGAAGGAUGGCAACAAACGCUUUGUCACUGGUGAGACCUUGGCUGGCAACGUCACCAAUGGCAUGAGGAAGGCAUUGGUGAAGGAAGGACAAGCACCGUUGGCCGCCAUUGUUGGCUGCGCCGACUCCCGAGCUCCGCUGGAGACGGUGUUUGAUGCCAUGCCUGGCGACAUCUUCGUCCUGCGCAAUGCGGGCAACACCUGCACCCACGCUGAGGGCAGCGUCGUGGGCAGCUUGGAGUUCUGCAUUGGGGCACUUGGCACCAAGAUGGUCAUGGUCUUGGGGCACACAGCUUGCGGAGCGAUCAAGGGCGCCACGGCCACACACUUGCAGUUGAAGGCUGGCAACAAGCCCAAGGUCACCAAGGCCUUGGAUGCCUUGCUGCAGGGUCUCAGUGUGGUGGCUUCGAAGGCGGCUGAUGAGUUGGGACCCAAUGCCACCGAGGAGCAGAUUGUGAACCACACCAUCAAACUGAAUGUCUUCCAUUCCAUCGAGUUUCUGUUGCAGUACAGCCCUCUCAUCAGGGAGAAGGUGGCAGCGGGUGAAGUGGAGAUCCAGGGUGGCGUUUACGACUUGGAGAGCGGUGAGGUGGAGUUCUUGGGUCGAUGCCCAACCCAGGACACCCUGCUGAAGUCUGGCGCUGCUCUGCCUCCAUCCUUGGCCUGAGCGACAUGAGCAACACGGUGUUGGCAAUGGUUUCACAAAGGCGGUUUUCGACAAAUUUUCGUGGCAUGUGUUGCCCGAAACUCUUUAAUGCAAGCACUUUUUCUGAGAGCACAUUUAAACUUUAAACAAACUGCUAGGUUAACAAUCUGGCAAGGUUUGUACCAGUACUAAUAAUUAAUAGUAAGAGCCAUACUUGUAGCGACAGGUACGGCCAGCAUGAUGAAAGUCUCAGCAAUAGCCGCUGUAUCAGUC